AUGAGCUCAUCGGGUGGAGGAGAAGGCAGAAGCCGAGGAGGGGGGAAAGGAAGAGGCGGAGGAGGAGGACGAGGAGGAGGAGAAGGUGCCAGCGCCGCCGGGAGUAGCAGCAGCCGAGGGCGAGGUAGCAAAUCAUCCCGGGGCAGCCGGAGCAACCGAACCUCGAAGCCCGCAUCUUCGACUCCCCCAACGACUGAAGCGACGGCUGCGGCCGCCACCGCUCGGCCGCCACCGCCGCCACCGCCGCCACCACCACAGUCGGGAACGGCCACCGCGACCGCCGCCGCCGGCAAGCGAGAUGACGGCCUUGUGCCCGGCUCGGGCCUCCUGGCUCUCCAAGCCCUGGCCCCAGCGCAGAAAAAGUCCAAAGCAGACCCGAAAACCCCCACGGCGGCGCCGGUGCCACAACCAAGCGCGGUGCCAACCCCCAAAGAUCGAGCUGGUGGCAGUGUCAGCGGGGGCGGAGGCAGUCGCAGUACCAUUCGCGGGGCGAAGGGCGCAGGUGGGCGGGACACCGGCGGCAAGACAGCGGCGACGACGGCGACGCAGCAAGAGAGGUCGGGCAAGGCUCUCGGUGGUGCUAAUAGCAUGGCCGCCGGCCGCGAGAGGGCGGCGGCGGCGUCAACGACGACGGGUGGCCGGCGAAAUUUCGCGGCGGCCGCGGCGGCCGCGGCCAAGGGAACGUUGUUGUCAAGCGCGCGCGGGGGCAAGCCGGAGAAAGACGGCGCUACCAGCGGUGGUCGAGGAGGGGGCGGGAGGAAACCCUCUGGCAAGGGCACCGGCGCACGGCAGCUCUCCGAGGAGGAAGAGCAAGAGAGGUCGCGAGAGGCGGCGAAGCAGCUUGCCGCUCAGAAGGAGGCGCGAAAGAAGGCCGAGGAAGAGCGCCGGCGGAAGGCGGAGGAAGACCGCAAGGCGGCCGAAGAGCAGCGCGCUCGGCGGGAGGCCGAGGAGAAAGAGCGGAAGCGCAAGGCCGAAGCCGAGGCGCGCAGGAAAGACAUCGAGGACAAGAAAGCCAUGGAGGUCAAGCGGAAGGCGGAGGAGAAGAAGAGGAACGCGGAAGAGGCGCGGCGGAAGGCCGCGGACGAGGCACGGAAGGCUAGGGAGGAGGCUGAGCGGAAGGCUAGGGAAGAGCGCAAGGCGGCCGAGAGGGCGGAAAGGGAGGCCGCAAAGGCGGCGGAGGAGGAGCGGCGGCAGAAGGAGCGCGUGAGGCGGGAGUUCGAGGCCCAGCUGGAGGCGGUGUCCCAGCUAGACUUGCUCCAAAAGGAGGAACGAGCCAGACGGGAGCUGCGGGAGAAGCACACGCCGGAGGCCCUGAAGGCGUCGAGGGACGCCCACGAGGCCAACAAGCCCAAGCUCAAGUCCGACCUCAAGAAAACCACCGCCUUCACGAAGAAGGUCAAGGCCCUGUCGGAGGACCAGAGGUCUGCUCUUACCAAGGACGUGGAGACGCUCAACCUUAACCGUUACGUGAGCGAGGUGGUCGACGCUGUGGCGGAGAACAGGCUCAAGAACGCGGACGUUUCGGUGGCGGUGCACCUGUGCUGCCUCAUGCACCAGAGGUACGCCGAGUUUGCUGAGGACCUGAUCCCGAAGCUGGCGGCUCCCUUUCUGUCGGCCCCGAGCGGGGAAGAAGAGCGAGAGGAGAAGGAGCUCCUACGGCGAAAGAGGUCGAACUUACGGCUGUUGACGGAGUUGCACGCUUCGGGCGUUUUCGACGGAAGCCGCCUCAUCGUAAGGAUCGUCCGCUCUCUGUGCGGCCUGGAGGGCAAGGACGGAAAGCGGCAGCGGCCAGGUCCGGGCGAUGCUGCCAGGCGGCGCGACCAACAGACCGUCACCGCGGCCCCACCCCCCUUGCGGGAGACUGAUGUGACCCUCCUCGCUGGCUUUGUCCGGGCGGCCGGAGAGGACAUGGUAGGAGUUUUGCAGCGCAAGACGGCCGGCAUGCUGAAGCUGGCGGGGGAGAUGGGCAAGCUUGAGCGGGAACCGGUGGUCGAUGCGGACGUCAAGGCGCGCCUCAGGUCCCUCGUGGACGGAGUUUUCGACGCGCUUUGCUCUCACCUGGAGCGGGGUCACGAGCAGCUUGGGCGGUUGGAAAAGAAGAUGGAGAAGGACCGCCUGACGAACGGCACCCUGACGGAGGAGAAGGAGAGAAACUUGGAGGAGAGCCGGAAGGGCUACGAGGCGUUGCUGGGAAACGUUACCUCUCUGGCGUCAUCUCUCAAUAGGGACAUGCCGCAACUACCCGAGCACGAAACGGAGGAGGAGGGUUCCGGAGGCAUCAGCCUGUGGGAAGGCGGCGUGGGCGGAGACGGCACGGGCUACACCGGGCCGUUCGAGGAGUCGGAGAGGUCCUUCUACGAAGAUCUCCCGGAUCUCCUCAACACCGUGCCCCCGAACCUUUUGGGCCUGACGGAGGAGCAGGCGGAGCAGCUCAGGGAGGAGGAGAGGAGGCUGCAAAAGGAGAGGAGCGCCGCCGACGCCCGUGAUGCCGAAGGUGAGGGAGGAGGAGAAGAAGCGGAGGCGGAAGAGGAAGAGGACAAGACGCUCGUCGAGGAGAUGAAGCGGCUGGAGGCCGUUGCGGAGGAGGGAGAGGAAGAGGGGGCGGGUACCGAUGAUGAGGAGGAAAAGGGGGAAGAGGAGGAGGAGGAGGAAGAGGAGGAGGAGGAAGAGGAGGAGGGAGAAGGCGGCGAGUACAUGAGCCGCAACUCGCGGCUGAUGCUCAUGCUGGAAGACGAGCUGCCGAACUGCCACAACCAAGAGAGGGUGGACGAGUUUGCGAAGAAGUUCUGCUACGUCAACAGCAAGUCGGCCAGAAAGAAGCUAGUGGCGGCGCUGUUCAACGUGCCAAGGCAGGCGCUAGACCUGCUGCCGAUGUACGCUAGGCUGGUUGCCAUCCUCGACCAGGCUAUGAAGUCAAUCGCGCCCCUUCUCAUCGAAGAGCUGAGGAGCCACUUCAGGUAUUUCUUGCGGAAGAAGGCGCCAGGGCAGAUCGAACACCGCAUCAAGAAUGCCCGCUUCAUCGGAGAGCUGGUCAAGUUCAGGGUAGCGCCUCCCGUGGUGGCGUUUCAGUGCCUUAGGUUAUGCCUCGACGAUUUCAGCUCCCUCGCCGUGCAGACGAUGGCGGCCCUCUUGGAGACUUGCGGAAGGUUUCUCUUCCGGCAGAAGCUUACCCACCAACGCACGCGGAGCUUCCUGACGGUGAUGAUGAAGCUCAAGAGUGCCAAGAGCCUCGACAAGCGCCUGGAGGCCGUCGUGGACAACGCCUUCUACACCUGCUGUCCGCCUGAAAGACAGCAGAGGGCCGCGAAGGUUAGGACUCCUCUCCAGCUGUACGUGCGACACCUGAUGAUGGACAAGCUGAGGGACGACCCGGACGUGGUGGAGGAGGUUAUCAAGCAGCUUAGGAAGCUGCCGUGGCAGGACCCGGAGGUCGAUGUGGAGUCAGAGGUGCUGCGCGCGUCCCUGCGGCUCUGCCGCUCCCGCUACCCGUUCAUUCACCUGGCGGCAGACGUCCUCUCGGGCCUCGCACGGCAUCAGGACAGGGUGGCCGUCAAGGCGGUCGACACGGUUCUGGAGGCUAUGCACAGGGCGAUAGAGUUGCCCGGCGGGGGCGGCGGGGAGUCCCAGCGGCUGGUGGGGUACGCUCGUCUUCUUGGAGAGCUGUACAACUACGCCGUCGUCGGCUCUCCGACAAUUUUUGAAACGCUCCACCUUCUCGUCGACAGCGGCCACGAGGUGCCCCCGGAGAUGAAGCAACCCCGACCCGACCCCAGGAACCCAGCGAGAGGAGCGAUGAUACCUCCAGCCGCGGCCCCGUGGGCGAGGUUUGACCCACGAGUGCGCUCCCCGACAGAUCCCCCAGGAGAUUGCCUCCGCAUUCGGCUUGUGGUAGCGGUGUUGGAGGGGUGCGGGAGCUAUUUCGUGCGCGGCGCGGGGCUGGACAAGCUGUCCAAGUUCUUGGGAGUGUUCCAGAGGUACCUGUUCUGCAAGGAAGGGCUUCCGGCGGGGACAGAGUUCGCCGUGCUGGACCUCCUAGAUGACUUGGAGUCGGGUGCGAAGGCCGCCAGGGCUAAGGACAGGGCGAAGGCGAGGAAAGCAGCGCAGGAGGCCGAAGCAAAAGGUCGUGGUCGACGAGACGGAGGCAAGAAGGACAAGGGGGCGGCGGAGGAGGAGGAGGAGAAAGACGACGGUUCUAUCCUGCCCAGAUAUCGUACGUGGGAGGAGGCACAAGCGGCCGUCGAGGAAAUGGACAAGGUCUGGGCGGAGGACCACAAACGACGCAUGUCCCGAGUUGCCGAGCUUCAGGGAAGAAGAGAUGCAGAGGGGGAAGAGACGCCGGAGGAUAAUGGGACGGACGAUGACGACGACGAUGAUGACGAGGAGGAAGAAGAAGAGGAGGGAGGGUCAGGGUCCGAGACUGAAGAAGACGGCAACGACUUGGACUCGCAAAGACAGAGGGAAGAUGUAGACGAAGGUGAGGAAGAAGAGGACGAGGAGGAGGUGGUUCUGAACGGGUGGGGUGCGAGUGUGGAGAGGACGGAGGAGGACGGUGAAGCGGAGGACGAGUUCGAGGCGCUGCUGAGCAAGACCAUGUCGGAGAGCGUGGAGAAGACCAAGAUCGCUAGGGCCACCACCCAGGUGAUGGGCCACAUGGCGGUGCCAAGGGUGCUCAAGAACACCAACGUCCGGACGGCCACGCAUCAAGCGCCACUCACAGGCGGGGCGGGCGUGGCGUUCAAGCUGCUCAAGCGCGGGAACAAGGGCAAGAUGGAGGCUCAGGAGGUGGUGGUGCCCGAGUCGACGUCGCUAGCGGCGCAAGUGAACCGCAACGAGGAGGCCAGUCGAGAGGAGAGCUCCAUCAUCAAGGCUAGGGUACUAGCCUACGAGGCGAACAUCGAGGCGGCCGUCUUGGCGCAGGAUGCGGGCGAGAUGCCGCUGCCAGAGGACUACACCCAGUUCAUUCCGAAGGUGCACAAUGCCCCACUUCACCCAGAAGGGGGGAAGGCAUCCACGAAGUCCGGCGGGCGCGGUGGCGGCGCCGGACGCGGAAGAGGGGGGGGUCGGGACCUCCUGGCUCAAACCAGCGGCGGUGGAGGUGGCGGGGGUAGGAGGCGAUGAUUACAACGGCGGCGAACCUUUUUCCUGAGGCCGGCGCUACCGCUGCUUUCUCUCUCUCGUGUGUUGAUCGAUUGAGUCGCCAUCGUCGUCUCUACACGAGCGAAAAUUGCCGCCUGUGUGCCUUUGGCCGUGCGUUUUGGUUCGGGAUGAAAGGCGCUCUUGUUGUGCCUCAGAGCUGCUGCUGCCGGUACCAAGUGCGAGCUUGUCCCGCCCAGAACAAUCACGGCAGGACCGUAACGGCAUGUCAACUCCCGCGGAAGCAUCCGAGACAACAAGUCGAUUCGGUUCGACUACACAAGAGAGAGGAGCGGGACAAGGCUGGGUGAAUACUCACAGAGCAAUUCACGCCGUUUUGCGGGAGUUUUUGUGUUCCCCCUGGCGAAAAAAGUCACCUGGCAAAGGCGUUUGCUCAUGGCGAGAAACUCUGCCACACUGCUGCUACUGCUGCUGCUGCGUCGCUUGACGGAGCCUCGCUUGGGUGAUGGCAAUAAGAUGCGCCGGCGCACCCCAGCCUAACCUGCUACGUUGGACGGGAGUAGACCGAGCGCGGGAUGUGUGGAACGGUGCUGGCAGUGUUUUGUUGGGGUAUUCUGGAAAAUCGUUUCGGGGGUGCCGGUUUCUGCUGCCGCACGUGGUGGAGUGAAGGCCAGGGGUGCGGAGUCAAAGCCGAGUGGCAGCUCUUUUGCCUUGGCGGGUGCUUUUGAAGCAUUGGCAGCGGCCAACUGCAAAUAGACGUACGUCCUUUGCCGCUCGCUCUGCGUGGCGCACACGGACGGGGUAGUACGGUGCACCCGUUGUUCGGCUCUUCUGCAACCGCCAUCUGCGGUUACCAAGAGGCGUUUUGGUCGCAAACGCCUCCCCUUGGGGGUACAGUGGCGUCAAGCCAACCCCCGCCUUGUCGAGGUUCAGCAGAGAUUGGUUGAUAUCGUGCUUUGCUGUGUGUCGAAGGCACGCUUACGGUUGUACCACCAAGGGCUUUGCAUGGGACAGCAGAAGCACCCCUCCCCCACCCACCCCCCUUCGUUUUGUUGGGUUUUUGCCUGACGUUCACGUAAAAUAGCGCGAAAUGGUGUGCGAUCCUCGCCUGCCGUUUGUUCACGUAAAGUAGUAGGAAAAGGCGUGUGGCUUUGCCCCAAGCUUUUCGACACCGACACGUCAUGCUUGCGGACAACUGCUGUGACGCAAUUUGUUUUGCACGGUAGGGUGGGUGGUAGAGCAGGGGCGACUUGUGAUGGUGUCAUUUCUGGUGGCAGGUGUAAAGGAUGUGCACGCGCGGUGCAAUCUGGGAGACCCGUGAAGACG